AUGGAAGAAAGUCAUAGCAAAGAACCUCCACAAAUAUUAGGCCCGGAUGCGAAUGAAAAUGACGAAGUUGAAAUUGACGAUGAAGCUAUUGAUCCACGUUUUUCCAUCACCUCGGUUUUUUAUGUUCAUUUACCACAAAACAUAGAUAUAAAUAUUCAUCAACCGGUAAUUCUUGGUAGCUGCGCAACUUUAGGCAAAUGGGAUGUACCAAAAGUCUUACUUAAAAAAAAGGCUCAGAAUUCAACCCUCUGGGUAUCUAAUCCUGUGCGCAUUCCUACGCAUGCGAAUGUAUAUUAUAAGUAUGCUAUAUGUCGUCGCGAAAAAAAUUGGUUUCGUAAUAAAAGCAAAUUGGUAAUCGAUUGUUUUGAAGGCUAUGGUGAAGGAACAAAUCGCGAAAUGGAAUUUCUCGAAAACCAUUAUGACUUAUGGAAUGAAAACAACUAUAUGUGGCUCAGUAUAAAGACCCUUAAAACUGAUUUUCAAUUUGUCAAUUGUAUUUAUGAAAAAAUUAAAGAUAUUCAAACUUUAAAGGAUAGAAUUAUGGAAUAUCAAUAUAUAUACCGUCGGUAUAAAGAGCUUACUAAUUCCGCAACAAAUAUCAUUUUCAUUCAGAAUAAAUUAUUAUCUAGCGUUUUCAAAGAACAACGGCUUUUCUUGUGCCUCCUUCUUGGAUAUUAUAUGCUCCAGCCAAAUAAAUUCACACAAGACAAUAUUUAUCUUCCACGAGAAUUUCCGUCUACUAAUUUGCUAGAAGAUCUUGUAAACGUAGAAUCUGAUUUUAGUCUCUCUGAUACUAGGCACUUUGUUGCACAAGCAGUUAGAGCUUUAGUCCAGCAUAAUUCUAAGAAUGGCUUCACAACAUGGUUUAAAAUGUUUGCCCUCGCACCGACACUUGACGAGUCUUACGCUUUCAUAGACUCGAUAGAGAUUUAUAAUUUUGGAAAUCGAUCUGUUCAAUUUUUUAACGCAUUAGAAAAUAAUGUAAAACCUCAUAUUGAUGAAUUAUAUUGUAUGAAGAACGUAUUUUAUAAAGCUGUACAGAAACUAAUUUUAUUAUCUUAUGACUUGGAAAGCCUAUUAUUCUUAUGGCAAAAAAUUAUCGGGGUUGAGAAAACCGACAAUCACUUACGCAAUGCGAUGAAGAAAAGAAUUGAUGAUAUAAUAAAGCAUGACAAACCUUUUCAACUUAAAGCGCAUUUUUAUAUUUUCCCAAAAGAAUUGCAACUUGAUGUCGCGGAAAAUUUCCGGGCAAAACUUUUGAAGUUACUAAAAGGAAGAAACUUUACGUGUAAAUGGGACAAUCCGGAUAUCGUCUCUUUUCAAGAGCUUCUUCAAGAGGUUAAUUUAAUAUGGCCAAUUGGAGAAUACCUGGAAGUACUUGAAUCAAUUGCAGAUUCCGAUCAAAUAUUACUUUUGGAAACUUUCCCUGAAGUUAUGAAAUUUAUCUUGAAAUCAAAAGCCACGGGAAGAACCCUUGACCAAAUCUUUGAGUCGUCAGUCAAAUGGUUUGAGAGGAUGAUCUCUUUUCGCACACACAGAGUCACUGCCACUAAUGGUCCAAAGAAUAAAGAAAAUAUGGCUUACAUUGUCCUUUAUUAUCUUUCUCAAGUAUAUCCUCUUGUUUCGAAUCGUCAAAAAUUUUCUUACAAAUUAAAGGAACAAGCGGAUAAAAUAAUACUUUCAUUAUCCGAUGAUGUUAUAUUCCCUCUUGCAUCAUGUAUCGAUGAGUUUCAUGAAGAUAUUGUUGAUCAUUUUGGUGCUUUAUUGAGACAAAAAAUUGAUCAUUUUGUUCAAGACCCUGAUGAUAAACUUUUAAAAAUGAUAAUGCGGACAUAUCGUCUGCAACGAAAUGAUAAAAUAUUACAUAAUAAAGAUACCUAUCAGCUUUCAUUGUUUCGAUUUUCUCAAUUUUGGACAGAAAUAUUUCUGGCAAGAGGUCAUACAAACGAAUUGCAUUCUCACCCCUAUGUUAAAAAUGUACGCGAUCACAUAGUUAAUGUGGCAACAUCAAUUGUUGAAAGCACGAUUACCAUGGGAUUUCUUUUGGAAUUAUUUAAGUACUCUGGUGAUAAAAAUGAAGAUCUUAUAAAAUAUUUUAAUUCCGCCAUAGAAAGUCAACCAGGAAAUAUUGAUCAUCUUAUAAUAAAUAAUAAAACUCUCGUCGCUAUACGUCGACAAUGUCAGAAAUACACGUUGACUUUUACGCGUCUUGACAAAUUUUAUGAAAGAUUUUGUUCUUCUGCCUUGAUAAUCGAUGCCAGAGAAUACCAUGAAGAUUUACUACGUAAACGAGAUGACAUAAAAACCGUCACUCUUGGGGAAUCAGAUACUCGAGAUUAUUGGUCUAUUCAUUCCGCAACAAUUGAUGUUAUGGAGACCUCUUAUCACCUUGUUGAAUCACAAACUUUCAAUAAUAUUUUUCAGGCAAUAUUAAAGGCAGAAACACGAGAGUUAAAUGUCGAAAUUGUAACCACGGAAAUAAUGCAGAUGGCUAUUACACAAUAUAAUACUAUAUGCGAAGGGUAUGAAAAGUGGGAAAACAUCAAAUGCUCUGAAGCAGAUAAAUUCUGGAAACAUGUCGAUCCAAAUAACAUUCAUUCUGAAAUUGAUUUUAUGACUCGCGCUCUCCCAAAUAAGCAACUACAGCUGUUAACUUCUUCAAUUACAUACUUAAUUAACAUUACAUCAUAUAAAGAAAAAUUAAAUAACCUUUUAAUUGUCAUAGAAAACCUGAAAAUAGCACACAAUCCAAAUCUCUGGGUUAUAACAUUUUCUAAUUCAUUAGGUGACGAAAAUUUAGUACUUGGCAAUUUACAAAAAAAAAUUGGAGAUAUACACAAGCAGUUUAAGCAAUUAAAAUUAUCGGAGGAAUUCUGGUCAAUAAUUAAGGAAAUGGCAUGUUCAAAAGAAUGCAUUAAUUUUUUACAAGAGCUUGUUGGUCAUGAUUUGAAAAAUUUAAUAAAUGGUGCAGAUGAUCAUUCUGACGAACGUUUAAUCCAAGAAGAUACUGUUUCAACAUUUAUUCAAGUGAAACAAAUUUUAGAACCUUUACUAAGUAAAAAUGAGGACACUGCUCAAUUAGCGGUAGAUAAGUUUAUAAAAAGUUUAGUUGAUAUAAUUAAAACAAACACAUUACUUGCUUCUAAAUUGAGGUUGUGUAAUGCACAUACACAAGCGUUAAAAAAUAUGUACAAAAAUAUUUCAAAUCGAGGUGAGGUGACAAAAGAAAAGAUUUUCUACGCAGUAACAAAAGGAGUAUAUUCUUUUAUUAGAAUAGAAAAUGAUGAAUACAAAUGUACUGCGACAUUAUCAUAUCCAUCCAACAAUAUGCGUGAUGGAGAUGCGAAAUUAACAAAGUAUGCUUUUAGUGAUCUUCAGGAUUUGCGUGGACGUGCUCUUUUAAUUGCUAAAGCACCUGUUGAUACCAAAAUGUUAGAUGAAAAUAAUAUGGUUAACGAAAUCACCUCUUCUCAUAUGAAUGAAUUUGUAAUCCAAGUAGAUAUAUCACAACAGAUAAUUGAUGUAUCCUCACAGCUUGUAGAACUCG